GACAGGCGCGCGCACUCCGGACGCGGACACGCUUCUCUCUUGCUUUAUUUAAACGAGUGCAGGUGGGCAGAAUAAAAAAAAAAACAGAAAGAGAGAGAAAGAGAGAAAGAGAGUGCAGUACGUAAAAGCGAAUAAAUUUCUGCGCUCAUGAUACCGCACGGUAUCGGACAGUACCGGAACUGCAGCCCGAUAAACCGUCCGUUUUUCCCCCCAGAGUGAAGAGUAGGAAGGCGGAUGCUUGUGUCCAAGAGAGACAGACGUAAGGCCGGGAGCGGCUAGGAGGAGAGACAGUGAGGGAAAGAGAAAGUAGUUAGUUAAAGAAAGAUAAUCAGAGAGUGUUAGAGAUGAGAGGGAAAGAGUAGCUCUUCGGAUAGAGCAAGCGCGAGCGGAGCAACGAGGAAUCCGGAGUAGAUUCGGUAGGUAGGUAGGUUCGACUCCGAACGACCGACCGACAGACAGAUUGUGGUGGUGUGUGCGCGAGUGAAGUGAAGAGCAAAUUCACGAUGGACGAGUGCAUGCUGAACGACUUGUUGGAGUGCUCGGUAUGUCUGGAGCGACUCGACACGUCCAGCAAAGUUCUGCCAUGCCAGCACACGUUUUGCAAAAAGUGUCUGGAGGAAAUAGUGAGCACGCAUCGCGAGCUACGCUGUCCGGAAUGUCGUGUGCUUGUGGACGCAAAGGUGGACGACCUGCCGCCAAAUGUGCUGCUAAUGCGUAUCCUCGAAGGGAUGCGCAAUGCCGCGCCGAAAAAUCAAGUCAAGUCCGGAUCAAUCUUGUCGUCAAGAUCCUCUUCCGGUGGCACUGCCGUGCCGCAGCGGUUGUUCGGCGGUCACCAGGUUGCUCCAGCACCCAUCGUGACUGGCAAUCUCGUGCCCGCCGUUGUUUCCGAACAAACAGUGCGACAGCAUUCCAAUGCCGCUGCUAAACAGGUGCACCUGCAUAAUCAGGCGUACGGAAGAGCAAUCUACGAUUAUGUUUCUAAAGUGCCAGGUGAUUUGAGUUUCAAAAAGGGUGAUAUAGUCAUCCUUCGGAAGAAAAUCGACAACAACUGGUACUUUGGAGAAUGUGGCAACAAUCAUGGUGUCUUUCCCUUGUCCUAUGUUCAGGUGAUGACACCUUUGACACCACAUGUACCCCAAUGUAAAGCAUUGUAUGAUUUUAGGAUGGCAAAUGAAGAUGAAGAUGGUUGUCUGACCUUUAAUAAGGGAGAAGUUAUCAGCGUUAUUAGAAGAGUAGAUGAAAAUUGGGCAGAAGGUAAACUUCUGGACAGAAUUGGUAUCUUUCCAUUAGCCUUUGUGGAGAUGAAUAGUGUCGCUAGAGCUCUGAUGAAACUUUCUACCAAUGUACAGCCAGGACCAUCAAGAGUAGCUCCGCCAACUCCAACAAAUGAGGAAACCACGCCAUUGAUUCCAACAGAUCAUUCGCGCAAUGUGCAAACUACAAGCCAGCCACGAUCGCAAUUGGUACAGAAUGCUGCAUUACCAGUUUCCGACUCCCUCUCAAAUGUCUCCUCCGGAGGCAGUUCUACAACCACCACUCCGAACACACCUAACAGCUCGACCACAUCCAGCAGUUCCAGCACCGCACCGAGCAGUCCCGGCAGUCCCGCAACGUCACCGCCCGCCGUUGGCAACAGGCAUAACGUUAAACGUCAUAGUUUCACUGCCGUCAAUACAGGUCAUCAUGCUCAUCCUCAUCAUAGACAUAGCGCUGAAAUACUUAGUCCUCCGGUAGACAGUGCCUCUAAUAACGCUAACAAUAGUGGAGGCAAUGAGUCAUUUUCUCCUUUACAAGUCAGCAGUAACUGCAAAGGAACUACUUCGCAAUCGGAUCACAAUCUUCGUCACAGACGAAGUGGCAGCAGCGAUCUCGUUCUUGUUCAGCCAUCGCAGAGUGUAUCACCUGCCAAUCAAACAUCUAGCAGCGCGUCUAGCGCGACGCACCUGCCUGCGGCAUACGUAGCGUUGUAUCCGUACAAGCCUCAGAAAGCAGAUGAACUUGAAUUACGAAAAGGUGGUAUCUACAUGGUAACGGAACGUUGUCAGGAUGGAUGGUUCAAAGGCACAUCUAAUCGUACCCAAAAGUGUGGAGUCUUCCCUGGAAAUUACGUUACACCCGCUAAAUGCCAACGCGGACUGUGCCGCGGAUCUUCAAACUCACCCAGCCAACAUCAAGGUUCGCCACUUUCGAAUGCAGUAUCAAAUGCUGAAUCGCGCUUGGCUGUAACGUACACAAAAAGCAAAGGAUCCGCGCCACAGCCAUACAAUCCUCGCACACUGCCGCCACCGGAAUUACCGCCUCGAGCUGUCAGUCCCUCAUCGACAACCGUAUCCUCAUCUUGGCAUGGUGCUGGUCAGCAGAGCCAAAGAUCGAAUCAGGAAACUAGUCCACCACGGCACAAUGACCAAAACGUUACCAAUCCACUUGGGCGUAGUCACAGUGCAGUAAUGACAUCAAAUAUUCCUUCUCCCGGUAAACAAAUCACAGUAUCGGCAUCAUCGCUGACAGCAGUUGCUAUCAAUAGCGCUAACAGUGGCUGCAGCAGUAUUUCCGCGCCUUCCUCUUCCGCUAAUGACAUGAACAGAAGUCCAAAUAAUACUUUGAGAGCAGUAGUCGCAUCUUCGAAUGCAACUGCAGCUGCGUCCAAACCCACGGAAAAGCCUAAGGAAAAGAAGGACAAAUGUGUCUCUUUAAUGCGGCGGUUUGCCAACAUUAAGAAGUCUAAAUCACCGCCACCGGCGACAUAUUCGAUGGAUAAUCCUGUAUUUGAUGACGGUAAUUCCGUCAAUCCGAUACAUGUUCGAUCGGGAUCUUGCCCAAGUCAAUUGCUACAGGUGGUACCCACACAGGAAUUAAAUACUUCAAACAACCAACAACGCUUAUGUCCAGACUCUGUACAAGGGCACGUAGCAUCUUCACAGAGACUGAAAUACAAGGAGAGACCCUCCUUGCCAGUGUCAGUUAUUCAGAGAUCUGGUGAAUCUGGUGGUGCUAUGGUAUGUUCAACCAUUGGAAAUCAUCAUCGUAAGAGUAAUUCUUUAGACGCUGGGAUGGGAAAGCAAACGAAACAACAAUCAUCGCGCGAUCGUGAACGAGUUUAUAGAUUUCGUUGUAUCGUACCGUAUCCGCCCAACAGCGAAUUCGAGCUGGAACUUCGCGUGGGAGAUAUAAUAUAUGUUCACAAGAAACGCGAUGACGGAUGGUACAAGGGUACACAACAGCGUACUGGUCGCACAGGAUUAUUUCCGGCAAGUUUUGUGGAAGCUUUCUGAGAUCCGACGCAAAGUCGCAUAGUGCUAGAAACUUGCAUAUAACUUAGCCUUUUCCGUGUAUUACAUGACAUAUAUGAAGUUCUAAGUAAUGAGGCUAUUCAAGUUCUUGUGUGUGCGACGCGCAUAUAUAUUUUGUUGUUGAUUUUCUCGCGUUAGACUCAAAUAAAACUGUAAUUGAUUUAUCAAUGCAUAUCCGCGUUCGGCAAAGCUCGAAUAUACUGUGAUCGGCUUGUUUAUAUUGUUUUUAUUUUUAGAUCCUUAAUUAAAUCUAAAGAAAAAUGGCUAUCACAGAUAAUAAGCACAAAACGCGCUUACUAAGCGUUGUGUUUUGCUGAGCGCGGCCACUUAUGUAGACAUAUAUUACGCGUGCCGUGUUGUGCAAUAAAUAAAGUGAAUACCGCAAUAUGAAAAAGCGUGCAAUGAUGAGAAAAUUUGCGCCACAAUAUUUCUGUGCAGCAAACCAUAAGUGGAAUAAUGCCACACAUGAUAAAAUGACUGAUACAUGUCAAGUUAACAAACACAUUCACACAGUGAAUACAAUAGUGACCGUCUACAUGUCAGUGAUUUUGAUUCCGAUUUAGUCAUUAAGUUCAUUUCUUUCAUAUUCUGAUGGUCGGAGUGUUGCUCGGUCUACAAGACUUUUUUUUUUUAUCUGAUCUUACCGUUGCAAUUUUUGGCAUUGAAUAAAGAGAUCUGGUUUUAUCUCGCUCAUCCUUAGCUGUCUCUUUCGCUUGAGCAACGCGAAGACAAGUUCUUUACAAGUUCUCGCACAAAGCAGUGAGUUCCUCUGAAUCACAUUGGCGUAUAGAUGGACACUGCUGUAUAUACUUUUCGCAUAAAAAUGAAUUAUAUUAUAAUAACAAAAUAGUGUGACAUGACAUAUACGUGAAAAAAAAUAAUUCAAAAACUAUUCAACUGUACUGCCAUUGAGGUAAUAUAGACGGAGAUGUUUUCGUAACAAAAUAAGAAGUUCAUUAUUCAAAUGAUUACUGCCAUUUGUGAACGAGAAAGAUAUCCGUGUUAAACCUCUCGUGUUAAACCACCACUGAUUUCUAAACUUUUACUUGUCUUCUCAAUGCGUAUAAUUUAACGCACAAAGAGAAGUAUUACAUAAAUUUAAAAAAAUGUAUCAUACACACCACACACAUAAAGCUAUUUGUGACACGUAACUAAAUGUAGAAUUAUACUUUACAUUAUGUGUUCGCUUGUGUGCUAAAAGAGUUCUAUUUAAGUUUUCGAAUAAAACUUGUGAAAACACAACCUCUUAAAUUUUUAAAUGAACUAAACGAGGAAAUACUAAAAUGUCUCCAAAAAAUUAAAUUGUAAAUUAAAAAAAAAAAAGACCAAUUUGAAACACAACACAGAUUAGUGUAUCAAAAUAAUAUUUUAAAUGAAAGAAGGCGUUUUACGGAUAUUUUAAUUUUAAAUUUAGAUCUUUUUCAGUGUGCUAAACAAAUAUGUAAAAAAUCAGGAAAAUUAGUAAUAAUUUAUAUCAAUGGUUUUGCCGUUGUCUGAGGAAAUAAUUUUCUUAUAUUUUUUAAUUGUUGUAACUAGUUUAAUUAGAAUUUUUGGAAAAUGAUCUUGAUGUUUAUGCGAUGUUGAAAUAUUAUAUGAAUACUAAUUUAUGAAUUAUAACACUAGAUUUGUUUUCUAAUUUUAUAAAGUCAGUAUACACGUCAGUAUACAUGUACUUGUUAAGCAGCAUAUGACAAGAGAUUGGUCCUUCGUGUAUCACAUUUGUAAGCUAUUUUGAAGAUACGUGAAAGAAUUAAUUAUUUAAUAACACAAAAAAACAGUGCUUCCAUUUAUACAUAUACAUAUAUAUCACCUGAUUGUCGAUCAGUAUUUAUUUAGAUUAGAUACACGAGAAUGUUUUGCUAUAUGUUCUCUCUCAAAUUAUUAUUAAUUAUAUAAUCUUUUUGCGCAAACAAAUGUUGUGUAUCUUUAUACUGUUUUACUUUGUUAAAAGAUACUGUACUACUUAUUGUAUUAUUGUCGUAAUUAUAUACAAUUAUUUUAUAUAAUUUAUAUUAAGCAGCAAGCACAA